UGACUAGAGGAUAUGGUGAUUGCUGGCGCAAAUCAAACCUCUAGUGAUCACCAUCGGAAUGUUAUAGCCACAACUACAAUUCCAACGUCUAUAGCUACAACAGGUAUUGCAACAACCGCCCAGCAACAGCAACAAAAUCAUAACCAUGCUAAUAAUAAUCAGAAUACUAUUAUAACAACACCGUCCGCCACUUUGGAACAUUUCAAUGUCACAUCAUUAGGGGAGCUCUCGAAUGUGCAGUUAAGUAGCAUUACUGCCGAUGGUAAUUUAGUAACUAUGGGCGGGGUUGUCGUCGGACGUAUACACCCAGCCACAAUACAAACUAACGGCCAUACAAUACAACAACAGAUCCGUACAACUGCACAGCCCGUAACGCGCGAAGAACUGCAACAAAUGGGUGUAGUAAAAGUUGAAUCGCCUAGUGAAUUUAUAAGCGAGGGAUGAGUUGAGUAUGAACUGUUGU